CCCGAGCCGGCCGCCAUGCCGCUGGGCCUGAAGCCCACCUGCAGCGUCUGCAAGACGACGUCGUCGUCCAUGUGGAAGAAGGGCCCGCAGGGGGAGAUCCUCUGUCACCACUGCACGGGCCGCGGCGGCGGGGGCGCGGGCGCGGGCUCGGGGGCGGCCGGCGGGGGCGCGGGCGGCGGCGGCGGCGGCAACUUGGGCGCGGCCACCUUCGCCAGCACCUCGGCCGCCCCUCCGCAGAGCAACGGCGGCGGCAAGCAGAGUAAGCAAGAAAUUCACAGAAGGUCUGCUCGGCUCAGAAACACCAAGUACAAAUCUGCUCCAGCUGCUGAAAAGAAAGUGUCCACGAAAGGAAAAGGGAGAAGACAUAUUUUUAAGUUGAAAAACCCCAUCAAAGCUCCUGAGUCUGUUUCUACCAUCAUCACUGCAGAGUCAAUCUUCUACAAGGGAGUGUAUUACCAAAUUGGCGAUGUUGUUUCUGUGAUUGAUGAACAAGAUGGAAAGCUCUACUAUGCUCAGAUCAGGGGUUUUAUCCAAGACCAGUAUUGCGAGAAGAGUGCAGCACUGACAUGGCUCAUUCCUACCCUCUCAAGCCCCCGGGACCAAUUUGAUCCUGCAUCCUAUAUCAUAGGGCCAGAGGAAGAUCUUCCAAGGAAGAUGGAAUACUUGGAAUUUGUUUGUCAUGCACCUUCUGAGUAUUUCAAGUCAAGGUCAUCACCGUUUCCCACAGUCCCCACCAGACCAGAGAAGGGCUACAUAUGGACUCAUGUUGGACCUACUCCAGCAAUAACUAUUAAGGAAACAGUUGCCAACCAUUUAUAGCUACAAAACAGAAAUUGAGGCUGGGGAUAUGGCCCAGUGGUAGCAUGCUUACCUAGCAUGCAUGAGGUUCUGGUUUCACUCUCCAGCAUCCCUUCUCCCCAAACUAAAACUAGGUGUCUAGUUUUCCUAUAUUCAUAGUACUGUGAGAUAUGUCAUGUUUUUCUUUUUUAUUAUAUGUAUUUAAAAUUUUUGAGACAGGAUCUUACUGUGUAACUAGCUGGCCUUCAACUCAAGCAACUCCUGCCUCAGCCUCUCUAAAUGCUUGUUUUUCAGGCCUGUAAUCUCCAUGCCUAGAUAAUGCCAUGUUUCCUGAAAAAAAAGGGACAAGUUUUAACAGGGUGUGGUGCUGCACACCUUUAAUCCCAGCACUUGGGAGGCAGAGGUAGGAGGAUUGCUGAGAGUUCUAGGCCACCCUGAAACUACAUAGUGAAUUCCAGGUCAGCCUGAGCUAGAGUGAGACCCUACCUUGAAAAAACAACAACAACAAAAAAGACAAGUUUUUUUCUUACUGUCCAUUAAUUAUUAGCUUGUUUAUUACCUGUUUGCUUAUAUGAUCACAAGGGAUAGCAAAGAAUGAAACAUAUUUGAAGUACAUACUAUGUUCUUUGUGUGUCUUUCUAGGUAGACUAUAAAUUCCAGGAAGACCGUUAGGAAUAUGGAGUGCUGCUUUUCUUCAUAAUUCAUUACUAAAAGCUCAUAAAAUGAUGUGUUAUUUUUAUACAUGUACAAAAUACUAAGUUUUAGAUUUCUAAACAAGCACUUAGUCAAAUAAAAUGGAGUUGUAACCAGCGUUUCAUAAAGCCGCACAAUCAAUUUCCUUAUCUAGAAAAUACUACAACAAACUUUUGACUGCUUUAAUCCUAAAGAAAGAAAUUAGUGGAUAAAUUAAGUACAGGUUGUUAAAAUUUUUUCCUCUAAUUUUUCUGUAGAAAACAGGCAUUUGGAAGCAUUCAGUUGCUCCCACCUUCUUUGAGACUGGGGCUGUAGUGAACCAUUUAUCCACAUUUAGUGUACACAGAUGUCACUCCCACCCAAGCACAGCAAACCUGAGAUGUUCAGGUAGCUUUUGCCCAACUGUCAUUAAAACAGUGAAUGGCACUCAUAACGUAACCAUUAACUUUCAUAGCUAAAAAGUAUACCUCAGCCAGGCGUGGUGGUACAUGCCUUUAAUUCCAGCACUUGGGAGGCAGAGGUAGGAGGAUUGCCAUUAGAUCAAGGCCAUCCUGAGACUGCAUAGUGACUUCCAGGUCAGCCUGGGCUAGAGUGAGACCCUACCUCAAUAAAUCAAAAAUCCACCUCAAAAUUAAACUGUGCCAUGGAUUCCUGAAGACAUGCUUUGACCUUGGAAGGCCUAUUGUUUACACUUCCAAGGACCAUAGGUUAAGUGAGGGAGCAACUGCGUAAAACUGAGUGUGGUAAGCAUGUCUGCUCACAAAAGACUCAUUGUAAAUACUGUUGCAAAUGAUUUUCUUCAAAUGUUCAAAACUUGAUUAAAAUAUAUUUUUGUAGUAUAUUUUGGAUUCAAUUUAUUAAUUUUAUUAAACUUUUUCAUUUUUGACAUUUUCAUUAAUUUAGAUAAUUUAAAUAGGGCUUUCUUUCCAAAGAUGAUAUUGAAUAGAGACCCCAGUAUUGUAGUGCUUAGAAUAUGAUAGGCAGAUUGGUCUUCAGUAGGUAAUAAAUUUUAGUAAAAUCAGAGAGUAAAUUUGUAAAAUGAACAUUUUAAUAUACUUAUUGAAAUGAAGGCAUUUAAAAUCCUAUUUAUUUUUUAUCUCUUUGUAAAUUGGCAGAUAUGUGUUUCCUUUACAGUAAAGACUGAGCUCUCACUUUCCUUGUCAACCAGUACCAGCAGCUCUCAUUGCUUAUAGGGUUUAUCUAAGUACGGUGUGCCCUGACACUACCCUGUAUUCCUAACCUGCUGUUCUCUCUUGUUAACACAGUACUGUUUCCUCUAUAUCCUUCUUCUUUUUUCUUUUAAGCCCCCUUUGCUUGUUUGGCAAUUCUUAGACCUCCCAUUAUAGGCAAGUGCUCUACUGUUGGCUACACCCCCAGCCCAAGGCCCUUAUUCUGUACAUUAAAAGUUUUUCAGACUCCCAA